AUGGCGUCCGAUACACGAAGUGAAAAAGAGAAGAUGCUUGCCGGGGAUUUUUACAAUGCCUUUACGCCCGAAUUACUACGCGAACGAUCACUUUGUAAAGAUUUUAUCUAUGAAUAUAAUAAUACUCGACCAAGUGAAAGUGAAAAACGUACUGGACUAUUACAGAAGAUGUUUGGUAAAUUUGGCAGCAAUUCAAUGAUUGAAACUCCAUUCUUCUGUGAUUAUGGUUCCAAUAUCCAUUGGGGAGAAAAUUCAUUUGCAAAUUACAACUUAGUGGUAUUGGACAUAUGUUCUGUUCAUGUUGGAGAUUACGUUCUGAUGGGUCCAGAUGUGAAGAUCUACGGUGCGACACAUCCAACUGAUCCUCAACUACGACUUGAUGGACUCGAAUACGGUAAACCCGUUCGAAUUGGAAAUAAUGUAUGGAUUGGCGGUAGUGCCGUAAUUGUCGCCGGUGUAACAAUCGGUGACAAUAGUGUCAUUGGCGCUGGUAGUGUUGUCGUUAAAGACAUUCCAGCGAAUGUUGUAGCUGUUGGAAAUCCUUGUAAAGUCAUUAAACAAUUAGAACCGCCAACACGACCAUCGAAGGGAUAUCCACAAUUAACAGGAUUUGUUCAAGAAGAAAAAGAAAAAUCUUAA